UGGAAAAGCUGGCUGCAUUAUUUGAAGACUUCAGGAUUCCUGUAGACUUCGUGUUUCUGUUUGUAGAUGCAAGCAUUCUAACAGAGAUUCGUCUUUAUUGCGAGCGCUAGUGUCGCUUUUGCUACAAGUUCAGAGAGUUUUAAUCAUUUUCACUUAAUUGGCUCUUCUGAGGAUUUUAGCCAUUAUUCGGAUCGAUGCUUGUUUUUGCUGAAUCUUGGACAUGCGACGCGGGAGUUUCCUGAUAAGUGGAUAAAUUGUAUUUUUUGACAAUUGAGCGUGAAUUAAAUGAUAAUUUUUAUCGUAUUACGCAAAACAGUUCAGUUGUUUGUUCUUGCGAGUGUUUCCAGAAUCCAUCUUAACGCUUGUACUUGGAAACAGAAUUUUCCGGCGGCAGUUAUUUGAUCUGAUUGUUCUGCCAAAAUAUGGCCGAUAGUGAUGAUGAGUAUGACCGAAAAAGGCGUGACAAAUUCAGAGGAGAACGCACUGAAUCGUAUCCAAGAGAAGGACGUAGAGGUGGUGGUGAUGAUAGAAGACGAGAAGAUUGGAUGGAAAGAGAUUCUUGGGGAAGCAGAAAUCGCCCCAGAACAGAUUACAGGGAUUACCGGGGAGGUGGUGGAGGUAGAGAACGUUACAGUCCAGCACGAGCACAUGACAUAUCACCACCUAUGAAACGUGUGAGAACUGAAUGGGAUGACAGAAGAGCAUCAGGCUACAGCCAUGAUGGAAGUGGUAGUGGUUAUGGGAACUAUGGCAGUUCAUGGGGUCAUGACAAUUACAACUCUCAGCAUGCUUAUGGGAAUAGCGGAAAUAGUCAGAGUAGCCGUGAAUUGCAAAAUGUAGAUACUCAGCCUCCAAUGAUGUCAUUCAAAGCAUUUUUACAAACUCAAGAUGACAACAUAACAGAUGAUGAGGCUAUUAAGAAGUAUAAUGAAUAUAAACUUGAAUUUAAACGUCAACAACUUAAUGAGUUUUUUGUUACUCAUAAAGAAGAGGAAUGCUUUCUUUGUUACAAAGAGGACUCUUCAUCUCAGAAGAUGUGUGAAUAUAUUUUACUUUGUGUUAUAUCUUGAUGAUUCGUUAAAAUGGAAAAUGAAUUCUGUGAAAUGUUAUGCAAAGAUGCGUUGAAAAUGAAAUCGUGACAUAAUUCAUCUUAUGUGGUGCUAAGAUUAUGAAAUCUAUGAAUUUGUGAUAAAGUAUGGAAGAAGAUACCAAGUUCGAAUUAUACAACCGCUGGAAUUCAGCAAUAUGCUCGUUUUGACACAUGCGUAUACGCCAUAUAAAUGGAUCUGCUUGUAGUUAGGUACCACUGAGCACAAUGCAGUGGUCGUUACGGGUACACAUGUUUGACCCACAAUUUCCCACACUGCUGUGGGGUCGUGUCUAGAUAGGGUAUUUUUAAUACUUGCAUUAUCAUUUUACUUCGACGCAGGCAACAAAAGUAAUGCUCAGCAAGCAGGUUCAAAAUCAAGUACCAUCCUGAGGAUUCAGUGAAGCGGAAAGAAGAGCAGAUGAAUGCCUUGAAGAACCGUGUGAACGUGUUUUUGGAAUUUCUGGAUAAUGGACGGUUGGACAAGGUAUCAGUAGAUGCUGAUCAGUCAGAACAGCUCAUCCGCCUUCUUGAUGCUGUAGUCAUUCGUCUUGAGGGAGGCACUGAACACGACUUGCUGGUCUUGGAUGAACCCAAAAUUCCAUCUUCUGGAACUCAAGGAGAAAAGGCAAGUGGAGCAGAGAAACCAAGUAAUGCAGAAACUGGUGAAAAUCAAAAAGAAGAGGAGUCUAAGGCUUUUGCAAAAGAUUGUGAAGGAAAAGAGGAGAAUGAGCAGGACACAGAACAGGUGCAGAAUGAGGUAUCUCAACCAAUGCAACUCACAAUUACUUCUGAGCAAGUAGAACUUCAGAAGAAAGCAAAAGAAUUUUCCAAACAAAAGUCAGGGGAUGAAGAGAAGACACAGUCUCCAGGGGAUGUACCUUUAGUCGGACCAGGAAUGCCUCGGAAGAGAAAACGUGAAUAUGAAUAUGAGAGUGGAAGUGAAAGUGGAGAAGAACCGCCUCCACCUGGAGAGACAAAUGAUAUGGAAGAUGAUGAUGAACCACCACCACCUGGAUUAGAAGAGCACAAAGAAGAAAGUGAACCUGAAGAAGACAGUAAAAAGGAUGAAAAACCUGAAGAAGUAACUGCUAAAGAAGAAGAGCAAUCUACAAAACCCAAGUUUGAAGAUGAGGGAGAUGCAGGAGAUAGUGUUCAUUCCAUGGGUGACAAAGAAGAUGACAACACUGAACAGCAGAAACCUGAAAUCAAAGACAUCACUGCAGAUAGUGCCAAAGAAGAAACUGUGGAAAUUGAGGAAAGUGAAGCAACCGACGAGAAAUCUCAGAAGGCAGAUGAUAGCAAUAAACCAAGGCCGCUGCAUCGAACUGCCUCAAUAUUUUUGCGUAACCUUGCUCCUACAAUAACUAAACAAGAAGUUGAAGCAAUGUGCAAGAGAUACCCUGGUUUUCUUCGUGUAGCAAUUGCCGAUCCUCAGCCAGAAAGGCGUUGGUUUAGACGAGGAUGGGUAACAUUUGAGAGACAAGUGAAUAUCAAGGAAAUAUGUUGGAAUCUUAACAACAUUCGGCUGCGAGACUGUGAAUUGGGAGCAAUAGUCAACAGAGAUUUAAGUAGAAGAAUUCGUACUGUAAAUGGUAUUACUUCCCAUCGUCAAGUAGUUCGACAUGAUAUAAAACUUUCAGCUCGUAUUGUUCACAAUCUCGACUCAAAAUGUGGAUUGUGGAUUGAUGAAGAUGCAAAAGAUGGAAAAGCAGUUGAGGUUAUGGAAGUAGAAAAAAUUAAAAGUACAAAAGAACAGGACUCCAUCCCGAGUUUUGGCCUUCUCUCCAAAAAUCCAGUAUUAAAAAACAUCACAGAUUAUUUGAUAGAGGAGGCUUCAGCCGAAGAGGAGGAGUUGCUGGGGCAUUCAACUGAAACAGAGGAGGGUGCCCCCAGUGAGGAGGUUGCGACUGUUGAUCGGGAUGAAGCAUUAAUAAAGGUAUUGGAUAAAUUGUUGUUCUACCUCCGUGUUGUUCACUCUGUUGAUUAUUAUAAUCACUGUGAAUAUCCCAAUGAAGAUGAAAUGCCAAACCGCUGUGGUAUUAUGCAUGCUAGGGGAAUUCCACCAUCAUCGAAAGUAACACCUCAAGAAUUGAGUGAUUACUGUCGCACAUUUGAACAAAAGAUUGCAUCAUUCCUCCAGCCCAUCACUAAGAUAUCUGAUGAAGAGUUUGUGAAACUUGGAUCUAAAGACCCAGAUGUUGAAGUUGAAAAGUUUAUUCAAGCAAACACUCAAGAAUUGGCCAAAGACAAAUGGCUUUGUCCACUUUCUGGCAAAAAAUUUAAAGGGCCAGAAUUUGUUAGGAAACAUAUAUUUAACAAACAUACUGAAAAAGUGGAUGAAGUUAAAAAAGAGGUAGAGUACUUCAACAACUAUUUGCGUGAUCCAAAACGCCCUCAACUAGCAGAGCAUCCUGGAAACAGGCAGCAACGUAAAGAUACUGUUGGUGAAGCAAGAGAUGGUUUUCCUGCUCCUGCGCCGUACGUGCCUCAUUAUCAGUACAAUUAUGGUUCCAGUAGGCAUGGAAGUUAUGGAAGCCAUAGCUUUGCCGGUGGCUACAGUUACAAUCAGGGAUAUAACCAGAGUUAUUCGCGACCAAGUCGUGGUGGAUAUAAUCGGGGAAGUAAGAAAAAAUAAAGAAUUACAUCAAGACUAUCAACAAAACUCUUCUGACCAGACCAUUGGAUCUGAAAAUGAUCGCAAGUCAAUGACUGCCUUAGUAAUCAAUAGAUAUGAUAGGGGUGCUAAUGAGUUUCGACCUGUGAUCCACUACAGAGACUUGGAUGCUCCACGAGAACCUGAAGAAUUCAUCUGAAGAGUUCCUGGAAUUUUAUUGUAGUUAAUAUCUAUGCCAAUUCUUCAAAUGAUUGGUGUAUUGUGUAAUUUUAUUAAAUCUAAGAUUGUUUUGCAUUAUGACUCAUCCACAGACGUGUGAAUUAGUUAGUGUAGAUGAUUCAGAAAUUAUUUUUAUAGUUAUGAAUUUGCUGUGUUUUCAAGAUCAGUUCUUUGUUGAAUGUGGGUGUUGUGCCAUGAAAAUCUAAUCUUUUGUCUUGUGAUUCGUUAUAUAUUGUAUUAAUAAACAAUGAUGUGUAAAUACAUCAUUCUGUUUUCAUGUUAAUAUUUCACAUUAUCAAUAUUAGGUCCUUCUAUUUCGUGAACUUCGUUUUGCUUAUUGAAUUGUUAUUUUUUUAGGUUUAGAGAUGGAAAUUAUUAAGAAUGAAUGUAAAUUUAUUUGUAUGUGUGUGUGUUCCAAACAAUUGUAAGAAUUGUCACAUCUCAAAAAAAUGCUAAACAUGUUAUUCUUCUUUUUCAUCUCCUCAAAAAUGAGACUUGUUGGGAGUUGCACACUACACAAAAUGACAUUUACACACAAUUUAUAGAUGGAUCUUAAAAUGAUACUACUUUUGUUUAAGAGAUAUCAUAAUCUUUAUGUACACUAUUGUAAGAUAUACCUGAUUUGGAGUUAUCCUUGUACUUAUGGACAGUGCGUGGUACUUUAUGUACUUGUCUUAUAUUUUAGGAAUAUGUAUUAGCUAUUUCGUACUUAAAAGAUUUUUCUUAAUUUCCAAUGCAAUAGUUUGAUAAAAGUUCACAUUAGAACCACGUAAUUUAGAAGUAAAAAUAUGUUUCAAUUCUGGUAAAAUAUGAUAAUUGGUUAGGAGAUAAAAAUUCACCCUUGCAAGAAUUUACAUUGUAAAUUGCGUGGCUAUAUAAAGAAGCACUGCUAGUUGGUCAUAUCAUAUAUGUGAGAAAUAUCCAAAUGACGUUGACAUUACCAUUGAAAAUACAUUAUCAACUUUUUUUAACCGUAUUAUAUAAAUACCUUUCAGUGGUUUUUAUUUCUAGUGUGCUUUUGCAUGUGGAGGUUAAGUAGAAUAUUUCAGAUUUACAAAAUUUGUUUUUCAUAUUUUACUGAAUAUUAAUUUCGUAAAACUGUUAAUUAUUGUUAUAAAUAACCACUUAUACUCUACCAGGUAUGUCACUUCAGUUUAUAAAUAAAUGUCCAUUUGUUCAACCUUUACAUAAGUAAUGCUAGGGAAACAUUUUUCACAUUUUAAUUGAUGGGCUUCAAUCUUUAAAAUGCGAAUGGAGGACUUUGCUUUUGAGGCUGUUUUUGCUUGUUUUCCAAACAGUUAUCAAAGUUUGCACAAGAGUAAAUUACGGAAACCAUGACUGGAUUUAAUUCAGAAACAAAACAUCACUUUUUUGAAGUGUUACCAUUCUAGUAAUGUCAAAUUCCAAUCAAUAUCAAGUAUAAGGAUAUACUUGGACUUACUAUGACUACAUGGUUUUGUUGCUAAUGAGUUAUUUCUUACAAAAUAUAGAUUUCUUUGAUAUCUGCAAUUCCAAUUGUAGUGAUGCAGAAUUUAUAUGAUGAUGUCUUAGAAAAGAGAAAAAUAUUUUAAUUUUACAUGAACAUGGCGAAAGUAGUGGCACAACUAUUUUUCAUUAAAAUCUUUGCAAUUAUGUUCUGUGUUGAAAUUUUUUAACAGCAGUGAUAAAAGAAUGUUUCUGGAGAAAAAAAACUUGUUGUAUUGAUAAAUAAUUGGUAAUGUUUCAUAACGUUGAUUAGGAAAACAAUGUAACAUAUUUGAUGUAAACAAUUUUAGAAAAGAUAAUAUUUGCUAAAGAUACAAUAAAUUGUUGAAAAUUAUGGGUAAUGUAUUUAUAUAAUCGGACAAAAAUUCAUUAAACUGCAAUAGUCAUAAACAAAAUGGUAUUGGCUCUCAGUAUGUCCUCAAGUGUGUGAUGUAAAAUUGUAUUGUUGUUUAAAACACUUAUUUUUACAUUUGAUAAAGGUGUGGGUCAUUUUGCAAUAUAUCUAGAUUAAUGAAUUACACAACAAGAGUCAUGUCAUUUGUAUUGAAAUUUUGGUGCAAUGCAAAUCCUCACCAAAAAAAAACAUUUUUAUUAAAUAAAUAUUGAAAUUGUACCCA